AAACAUAAGCUAACUGACGAGAUAACCACGAACACCAGCACAAGACGCGAGUGAUUGGAGGAAGCUGAUUGGGACCGACCGGCUGAUGAGAAGAGGCGAAAAGAAAACCUCAUAAAUAAGACACACAAGGAAACAAGAAUACAGAAAAACAAAACCACGAGUCGUCGAAUGCGCGGUUGCCGAAUCGCGAGUGUGCGGGGGGGGUCCGCUGCGCAUGCUCAUUCCGGCGGGUUGCGUGUUCAAACCGGGAACACUUGCGUGCGAAUGUCAUCUUGCGAUGGACGCUUCGCCAAACGUCAAAAGCCAUCGCUCGACGGCAGGAAGUUGUUCCGCUGACGCGACGACGUUUAAGCGCUGAGCUGCGAUGAGCCUCUGGAGAUGCUUCAUCAUGCUUCUCCUCAGCAGAAGUGGGCCACUCUUUGGCGGCUGCCAGGUGUUUGACGACAGCCUGGGUCACGUCAGGGUGGACCUGGCCUCGCCCUUUUUGCUGGGCUCGGACCUCCGGGUGUACUGCCACAUCAACAAGUGCGGAUCGAGGUCCAAAGUGUCUUUGGUGUUGAAGCCCGAGGAUCAGUGGCAGAGGCACAACUCGAUUGAAUUGGACUGCAGCUCGGUCGUGGAGUUCAGGCAGCCCGACGUCCAGUGGCCCCGAUUCCACCUGCUCUGCAGGCUGCACGAGGACGGCGUCGUCUACGUUGUCGGAGGGAUAAACUUGCACGGCGGCCGGCCCCCAGAUAAGCCGGAGAACAUCACCUGCGAGACCACCUCGCCUUCCCCAUGGGUGGAGUGCCGGUGGCGGGCUGGACGCGACACCCACGUGGUCACUUCCUAUAAGGUGUCACUCAGCAGUGAAAACGGCACUUGGAAUUGGACGUCGGAGGCGGACAAUGUGGUGCUACCGAAAGCCAAGUUGGAUGUGAACCGGCGUUACCGACUGGUGGUCAGCGCCGACAACCGCUUUGGACGCUCCCGCUCGGACCCGUUUAUGCUGCAGUCGGCGCAAUUAAUCCUACCCCAAAGCCCUCACAUCACACAAGUCUACUUCGGGAACUCCUCCACGCUGGCGGCCGUGUUGCGGUGGGGUACCCCCGAAGACUUGUCGCAGCUCAGCGCUUCGGUCAGACUCCGCCCAGCCAACUCUUCCUCCUGGGAAGUGAGAGAGGCGACGCGGCUCAGCCAGGACGAGGUACGAGUGGACGGCCUGGAGCCCCUGGUAGACUACCAAUUCCAGAUCAGGAUGUGUACCACGGGAACCAGCAAAUGCAGCAAAUGGAGUUCAGAGGUGAUGAGCAGAAGUCCAGGAAAAGGACCUACUCAGCCGCUGCGUGUGUGGCGGAUCUUGAGCAAUCACAAGAGCAGCUCACUGCAGACUGUCUCUGUUUUGUGGAAGGCUCCUCCUCCAGAGACGUUCAGUGGCCAGGUGGAGCACUACAAGAUAGACCUGGGUCGGGGUCCUGCGGUUCGGGAAGUCAUCUGCGCCACGUCCCUGUGCCGGUUUCCCCUUCAGGUGCCGUCUGAUCUUGCGGCGCUUGCUGUCAGCGUGGUCACCACUUAUGGGACGUCGCCACCGGCCAUCGUGCCCCUCUCACUCUCAGGUGAUCUUGGGCCUGCUCUCAGGCGAGGUUAUCCCACGGCUAACGGCAGCGCUAUGCUCGUCUCCUGGGAGUUGACUAGACCAAGGGUACCGGGAAGCGAAGAGCUGUACUAUGUCCUGGAAUGGACUAGCGUGCCUGCGGGACAUCGUGAGCUAGGCUGGAUGCAAGUGUCCAUGGAUCAAAACAAUGCAACAAUCACAGGCAUGUCUCUGGGUGUGAGGUACAACAUCUCAGUGUACGUCGUGAACACACGAGGAGUCAGCACGUCGUCCUCCAUCUUGGCCUACUCAGGACAACUCAAACCGGACGCUGGUCCCAGGGUGUCGGUGCUGCACCACAACUCCACACACCUCCUGGUCCAGUGGGAGGACCCCGCGGUGGAGCGGCAGAGGGGCUUCAUCAACAACUACACCGUCUAUCUGAGGACCCCGCACGUGCGCAGCCAAGAAAUCCCUGUGGCGGUGGCUGCGUCGCAUCAGAAGCAGGCACGGCUAAAGUGUCCCCUGGGCGCCGUGGCCAUCCAGAUGUCGGCCUCCACCGCUGCCGGAGAGGGCCCGCGCGGGAACCUCAUCUACUCUCGGCCCACGGAGCCUGCAGGUGGACUGGCCAUGCUGGUGUUCCCCGUAUUGGCUGUGUUGGCUGUCUUGGUACGGCUGGCGUGCUGGAGCUGUGUGAGGCAAAGGAUCAAAGCAAGAUGCGCAUCGGGUGGUCCUGACUGGUUGGUGGAAAAGCUCCCCAAGCCAGAAAAAAGCCAAGCCAUCAAACUGCUGGAGCAGGACGCCAUCCUGAGCGAGCCGUCCUUCUCGUACACCGACAGCGACCCGCCGCUUUCCCCGAUCAGUUUUGCCUCCGGAGAGGACUUGUAUCCCCCCGUCCCCCCUGUCCAGCAUCCCGACAAACCCGAGACCAGUUUUCUGGAGCCGUUUGUCGUGGCAACGCUGGAUCACAGUUACAAACCUCAGCUGACCGUGGCCCCACAAGGAGAACCGCCGGACCAGGACCAGACGCCCCCCAGGGGGCAUGACUCGUGUUUCAGCGGCUUUGGACCGAACCUGGGGAACUUGCUAUCCAGCUUGGAGAUGGACUCCUCCGCCUGGCCCCGCACGCCGGGAUCGGACCGCGGCAGAGACAACUGGCGGGACGCCGAGGACCACCCCCCUGCGGUGGAUUUACAAGGUGACACUGUGGUCGAGGUCGCGCUGACUGGUGGCUACAUCCCUCAAAUCUGCAUUCCCAGCAGUGGGCGGGAAACGGAAUAACCAACACUGAUGUUGUUCAUUCAUCCCGUCUGCAAAUUUAGUCGGAAACUGGACUAUUAAGUCAGCACGACAAAAAGUCUCUGUGUCAAUUUUUGCAUUACUUUUCACAAACUUGACCCCCGAAAUGUUUUCGAUUUUUGGAUAAUAAUUUUGUCGCUUGGGUAAAGGAGUAGCAAAUUUUCUCGAAAGUGUCCCUCCCAUUUAAACCUCUGCCAAAGGAGUAUUAAGGAUUCCCCCAAAUUGUAAUUUUGUGCAAUAUUCGACUUAAUUCUCUAAUUUAAGACAGUAGAUUUCUAGGACAGGCUCACAAUUAGCAAGGUUGCAUGAAAGUUUCUCAAAAAUAGUUGCUUUGCCACUAAUUAAUGUUCACUAUUUUGUACUUUUUGAAACAAUAUCGUACAAAAUUCUUGUGUGAACGGAGUCCCUCGACUUCUGUCACGGUUG